CUCAGCACUCAGCACUAGUCAUCCGUUCCCCUCUGUCUAUAUUUAUACCCCGCAACAACACCCCCCCGGCAAUCCAGUCUUUCCAGUCUCUCCACCAGAUCUCCAUACCACCAGCCAAUCCAUACGACUACUAAACCAUGCAGAUUCCCCAAACCCAGACCGCAGCCAUCAUCCCACCAUCCGGGGCCACCUCCACCGUCAAACUACAAAUCAACCACGACCGCCCAAUCCCCUCCCCAGCCGAAGGCGAAGUCCUCCUCAAGCUCGAAUACUCGGGAGUAUGUCAUUCGGACGUGCACAGCGUGCGCGGGGAAACCCCGAUGUUGACGGACGUGGCGGGCCACGAGGGUGUGGGGAAGGUCGUCCAGGUGGGUAGUGGGCUUGACGAGCAGGUUUGGCUGGGAAGGAGACUUGGUGUGCGGUGGCUGUAUAGCUCGUGUCUGGAGUGUGAGAUCUGCGCGAUAAACAACACGGCAUGUCCGUAUCAGAGAAAUGCGGGGGCGAAUGUACCAGGGACUUUUCAGCAAUACGUCGUCACUCCGGCAAUUCAUGCAACUGUUAUCCCCCCUGAGCUGGCUCCAGAUGUAGCUGCACCUCUUUUGUGCGCUGGAAUCGCCAUGUACUCAUCGAUCAUGAAGACGAAGACCCGACCGGGAGACUGGAUCGUUCUCCCGGGAGCUGGAGGGGGCUUGGGACACAUGGGUGUCCAAAUCGCAGCCAAGAAGGGACUCAAGGUCAUUGCAAUUGACAACGGCGAGAAGAAAAAACAGCUCUGUCUCUCCCUAGGCGCCACCAUCUUCCUCGACUACAAGACCGACGACGUCGAGAGCGAAGUUAAAGCCUUGACUUCGGGGCUCGGCGCACAUGCGGUCAUCUGUAUGGCCAACAACGAGACGGCCUACACACAGAGUCUGCGGAUGCUUCGCAGGCUGGGCGUUCUGGUCUGUGUCGGUAUACCGAGUGUUCCGUUUCGGUUGCCGGCUACUCCGUUUGAAAUGAUCGUGAAAGGGUUGACGAUCGUGGGAAAUUCAGCUGGCACGGCGGAGGAGAUGGAGGAGUUGAUGGAGAUGGCGGUUGCAGGCGAGGUGACGGCGCAUAUUGAGUCCUUUGAUUUCGAUUGCAUUGAUGAUGUGUUGCAGCGACUGGGACGGUCUGAGAUUGAGGGACGGGCUGUUGUGCGCAUUCCAGAGUAAAUCACUCUUGUUGAUAUAUGAAGUGAGUUUAGGCAAG